AAUGAGCCUCCCACUCUCAGGUCAAACACAUGUGGCUGCUGCUGCUGCUUUGCAAACAUAAGACGUCAAAAAGGCGGUACGAAAUUGGAGCACGGCAGAGGGUGAUAUCCUACUCGCAGCAUAUAUUCCUGCCCCUGCUGAAAAACACUGCCAGGAGGCUUUAGCGCUCAGCAGCAUGGAAGUAACCAAAGGAGACAACCGAUCGGCCGAACAGGCAGCGUCUUUAUUUGGGACACAAGAGCUGGAGAGUCAGAGGCGCCGUACUGGCCAUGGAAACAGAAGGAAGAGCCGCUUUAAGAUCAUUAUUGGGGUUCUGCUGCUGGGCUUAUUGGUGGUCAUCCUGGCUGUGGUGCUCUCUUUGAGAAAAAGCAAUAAUCGGAAAGAAAGGGUGCUCUGGCUACAGACGAUCUCUGAGGGAAUUGAACAGCCACAUUGUCCACCUGGUUUUUCCAGGCCUCCUUUGAUCCUAGUGUCUUUGGAUGGUUUCCGGGCAGAUUAUCUGAAGGAUCACAGCAGUCACUUGCCUAUCAUCAGCAAGUUGCGAAACAUCGGAACAACAGCACCAUAUAUCAGACCUGUUUAUCCCACAAAGACCUUCCCUAACCACUACAGCAUUGUUACAGGUCUUUAUCCUGAGUCUCACGGGAUUGUGGACAACAAGAUGUAUGAUGUGAGCCGAGAUGUUUUCUUCAGCUUGAAAACUGAUGAGAAAUUCAAUGCGAAAUGGUACCAAGGUGAACCAAUCUGGGUCACUGCUAUGCGUCAGAAACUGAAAACAGCUACUUUCUUCUGGCCAGGCUCUGAUGUAGCCAUCAAUGGCACCUACCCGAAUAUCCACAUGAAGUAUGAUAAGGAUAUUCCAUUUGAGAACAGAGUGUCAACAUUGCUUGAGUGGUUAAGUUUACCUCAAGGAGAAAGAGGCGACUUUUACACUUUGUACCUGGAUGAGCCUGACACAUCAGGGCAUCGUCACGGGCCAGGAAGUAGCCAGGUGAUUCAGGCCUUGGCAAAUGUGGACAAGAUUAUGGGCAUGCUGAUGGAUGGCCUGACAGAGAAAGACCUGCACCGCUGUGUCAAUAUAAUAAUCGUAUCUGACCAUGGCAUGGAGGAGGCUUCAUGUGAAAAGGCAGUGUUUGUGUCAAAUUACCAGGAACAUUCUUCUGACUUUACUGUGAUCCAAGGCCCAGCUGCUCGCAUUAGACCAACUCACCUCCCAGAGGAUUAUUUUUCAUUCAAUUAUGAGGGACUGGUAAAGAACCUGUCGUGCAGGAACCCUGACCAGCCAAUGAGGCCAUACCUCAAAGAAAACCUCCCCAAAAGGAUGCACUUUGCUAAUAACAUACGCAUAGAGAGGGGUCACCUUUACAUGAAAUCGGGCUGGCAGGCAGCACUUAACCGCAAGGAAAUCAAGUAUUGCUCUGGUGGAUUCCAUGGCUCAGAUAACAUCUUCACCAACAUGCAGGCAAUUUUCAUAGGUUAUGGACCAGGAUUUAAAGAAAACACUGUUGUGCCCCCGUUUGAAAACAUUGAAAUAUAUAACCUCAUGUGUGAUCUCCUUGAUAUUCGUCCUGCUCCGAACAAUGGGACUCAUGGCAGUCUAAACCACCUCCUAAAGACUCCCAUUCACAUGCCAGUUAACCCCGCGCAGCUCUCCCAUGACUCCCUGUGUGAGGCCACUGACCCUGUCCCCACUGACAACUUGCAGUGCACCUGUAAAUCCCAAACCACUGCAAUGGAAAAGGAUAUGAAUGGAAAUCUCAUGACAGCUGAUUCAGAUGCUAAGGCCAGCUUACGUCGACUCCACCAUCCUUUUGGCACCCCACGAGUUGUCCAGUCAGAUGCAGCCUUUUGUCUGCUUCACCACUCUGACUACCUCAAUGGAUACAGCAAAGACCGCCUCAUGCCCCUCUGGGUGUCCUAUACUAUCCAGCCUCUGACCAGAAUGCAACCCCUGAGCCCAGAGUUGGAGGUAUGUGUUCGUGCUGACAUACGCAUCCCACCAGCCGCCAGCCAGCUGUGUCUGCGCUACAGAGAUGACCCCACUCUGACCUAUGGCCUCCUGCAUCCCCCCAAUCUGAAUGCCAGUGGUCCAGAAACAGACUCUCUAAUUACGAGCAACAUGGCACCAAUGUUCCCUGCGUUUAAAGAUGUUUGGACCCAUUUCCACGAUGUCUUCCUUCCAAAAUAUGCACAACAGCUGAACGGAGUCAAUGUCAUGAGUGGACCAAUAUUUGAUGAAGACUUUGACGGAAAUGUUGAUCCACUCAAGAAAAUUUCUGGGAAUGAAGCUCCUAUCCCAACACAUUUCUUUGUCAUCCUGACAAGCUGUACGAACUUGACCUUCAACCCUGUUAAUUGUGAGGGUCCACUUCAAGCCAGGUCCUUCAUCCUGCCCCAUAGACCUGACCACACAGAGAGCUGUGCUAAUGGGUCGGACUUGACAUGGGUAGAGGAUUGGCUGCAGUUUCAUACCGCUCGAGUUCGAGACAUCGAGCUUCUGACAGGACUCAGCUUCUACCAUGACAGAAUAUCAGUGGAAGAGACGCUACAGCUCAAGACAUUUCUACAGACUGCUUAAAAUCAGAGACGUUGCCAAAUGAAGCUUUAAUUAUCAAAGACACCAUUUCUUUCUACAGGUGUGUUACAGGAAUUGCUUUAGCGGGUGCCUCACUUGUAAUAGUUUACUGUUCACAGACCAAAUUGACCCCAUUCAUCCCUUUUUGUAUAGUAUGUCUGAUUUCAAAUCAAAUUUGACUUUUCAAAGAAAAGUCAAGGGUAUUUUUUGACUGAGGCUCCUAGAUGAUAUCAGAUCUGGUGAAUGCCUCCAAAGUAUUUCCUCAGAUUAGAGAGUGGGUAGGCAGGAAUAAAAUAAAAGGGAAAAAAAUGAAUGUGAUGAUGAAAGGGAUCUAAGGAUUUGGAAACAUUUGUUUACUAAAUCUUGCCACACAUCUGAAGAGAUGGUAGUCUCUAUGUUCUUACCAAAUGUUGCCUUAUAAUUUUUAGGUUUUUCACCUGUGAUAUUUUUAGUAUUUUGUACAUUUUGGAGAUAAUUAUUUAGCUUUUGAGUGUGUGUCUGUGUACACGUACAGUAUACAACAGUGAUAAGUGUACUCCUGUGCAUUAUCACUUAAAUAUUAAAACUGUACCACCUUACAAUGAUUUCCCUAUAUUUAAAAGACAGGUCCCACAGUAGGGACUAUCAUUACAAAGAUUCAAAUCUUUUAUUUUGUCAAUACUUGCUAAAUCCCCCUUUAUUUUUGAUGGCAGAUUCAACCCUUCAUAACAUAAGGUAUACCAAUGUCAACAAAUUUCUGGAGAGAUUCUGUGCUCUCAAAUGUUUUUUAUUGGCUUUAAGUCAGGUGACAACCUUUGCCAGGUUACAGUUUUCACUUUUUGUAUAUUUUGGAGCAUUAUAUCAAUCAGUCAAAGUUUAUUUAUAUUGGCCUUUUCAACAAAGGGUGACCAAAGUGCCUCUAAGUAUUUAAAGCCAUUUUAAACAGGAAGGUUUGACUUAAGCUCUGACUUAAAAAGACCUAGGGUGGAGCUUGUUCCAGAGCCUGGGUUCAGCUACAGAGAAUGCCCGAUCACCCCAGUGUUUAUAUUUAGAUCUUGAUAUGUCAAGCAGCCGCUGAUCAGAUGACCUCAGAACUCUUUUUUUGGUCCUGUAAAAUUAAGAACUCAAAGAACUCAUAUAAAUAUGGUGGAGCAAGACCGUUUAGAGCUUUAAAAACAAAUAAAAGUUUAAUAACAA